GCCGGCGCAGGAGCCACUCCUGGUGUGGUUGAGGGGGCGGGUGGGCCUGUGAGGUGCUGAGCCUGUGCCCCCGACCCGGAGCCUCGCUGGGUCCGCCUCUGAGUGACGCAGGGAGAGUGUCCUCCUUAUAGCGUCGGCCGGAGGGGCGGCGACUUGCGCUCGAGUCCAAGGAAGUGGAAGCGGCCUCCACGAAGCCGAGCCGUCUGAGGAAGAAGAUCUUUCUCUUGAUUUUGUGCAGACCGACUUGGCCUCAAUUUUUAAAGGUGGCACUAGUGACGUGUCCAACAUAGGAGCAGAAUUGUUCCUAGAGCAGAAUGAUGACAGUAGAUCUGAAGGUGGCUGAGUACUUGAACCCUCAGAUCAGUACUCUGUGGGAGACCAAGGGACCUGUGACAGAGCGCUCCAGUCAGCACAAGAAGUGUGUCCCACAAACAGACAGCCUCAGUCCUGAGAGGUCUCACCUACACUUCCGAAACUUCCUGUAUCAUGAAGCAGCUGGACCCCGUGAGGCUGUUGACCGACUGCAGGAAUUAUGCCAUCAGUGGCUGAGGCCAGAGAUUCAUUCAAAAGAGCAGAUCUUGGACCUGCUGGUGCUAGAACAGUUCCUGACCAUUCUGCCCAGGGACACCCAGACCCAGAUAAAGAAGCACCAUCUACAGAGUGUCGAGGAGGCUGUAGUUCUGGUAGAACACUUGCAGAGAGAAUCUGGUGAAACAGGGAAUGGGGUUGCAGUCCAUGAGCUGGGAGAGGAAGCAGUGUUCUUGGGAGAAACAGCAGAGGCCCCAGGCUUCAAGCUGAAGCCAGCAGAGUCGCAGCCACUGGGCAUGUCCCAGAAUGAAGAAUUUUGGAAUACACACCAGGGUCUACAGGAACCACUGAGCAGAAAUACUCACAAAGAAACUGAGCCCAUAUGUGAGAGGGCUGUGCCUGCUCACCAGAUCCUAGCCUCUCCUGAACAGACAAACACCAAAGACUGGACUGUGGCACCUGAUGUCUUCUUGCCUGAGUCCCAGAACUUGUUGACAUUUGAAGAAGUGGCCAUGUAUUUCUCCCAGGAAGAAUGGGAAUUACUGGAUCCCACUCAGAAGGCCCUCUACAAUGAUGUAAUGCAAGAAAACUAUGAGACUGUCAUCUCUCUAGCAUUAUUUGUGCUCCCCAAACCUAAAGUGAUCUCCUGUCUAGAGCAAGGGGAAGAGCCGUGGAUUCAAAGAUCCCUGGAGGUCAGAGAGAGUUCUGAACUGCCUCCAGGGCUAAAGCUCAAAAAUGACACUGAAAAUCUUCAGCCUAUUAGUUUUUCUGACUUAGAAAUACAAGCACCAGUAGAUGUACUAUCAAAAAAGUCCAGAUUGAAAGUUUCCCAGAAAACAAUGGGCAAAGAAAAUCAUGGUGAUGUGCACAGGGCAGGGAAAUGGCACCGAGAUUUUCCAGUGAAGAAAAAAAAGAAACUUUCAACCUGGAAGCAAGAGCUGCUGAAACUUAUGAAUCGUCACAAAAAGGAACGUGCAGGAGAGAAGCCUUUUAAAUGCCAGGAAUGUGGGAAAAGCUUCAGAGUUAGCUCUGACCUUAUUAAGCACCAAAGAAUUCACACUGAAGAGAAACCGUAUAAAUGUCAACAGUGUGAUAAGAGGUUUAGAUGGAGUUCAGAUCUUAAUAAGCAUUUAACAACACACCAAGGAAUAAAACCAUAUAAAUGCUCAUGGUGUGGGAAAAGCUUCAGUCAAAAUACAAACCUCCACACGCACCAAAGAACUCACACUGGAGAGAAGCCCUUUACGUGUCAUGAAUGUGGAAAAAAAUUCAGUCAGAAUUCCCACCUUAUUAAACACCGGAGAACUCACACAGGCGAGCAGCCUUACACCUGUGGCACAUGCAGGAGGAACUUCAGCAGGCGCUCAAGCCUCCUGAGACACCAGAAACUCCACCAGUAAAGGGAAGCUUGUUUAGUGUCCUCAGUCUGAGAAAAUUCAAAUGAAGUGUUACCCUAAAGUUAUGAGAAAUACAAAAUUAUGAAGCAUGAAGAAUUUUUCAUCAGUGAAAUUUUUCAUCAUGAAAAUUUGGGGAUAGAAACAUAUUUCACAGAAGGAAUCAAGGUUGACUCUGCAGGGGAUGCUUUAGUAGUUGUACUGCUUACUGUUUUUACUAAAAACUUUCAGAGAAUUCCUUAGCAGGAGAGGUGUCCUAAGGAUAUUCUGAGUGAAGGGAAAAGCUGUUUUGGGAUUGUAUUUGGCAAAAUAGCAAAUCCAGUUUCAAAUAGUAGAUGCAGCCACGAAUUCAUCAAUCUUCUGUGGUCAUAGAGGUGAACGUUGUUGGUUCACAUUGAUCUCGCCAGCCAUUCUUAAAUGUACAUACAGACAUUUGAAGCAUGGUCUUCCAAAACAAAAAGCAAUAAUGUGCAUGUUUAAUUGCAUACCAUUGUCUUCCAGGUUUACCAAUUUCAAUAAUCUCCUGGGGCAGACAUAAAUUCUAAUAUAAACCUUUCCAAGAACCAAAUUGGAUUUUCUUACUCUCUGAUCACUGGACAUUGUUCACAAAUUUGGACAUUGUUUGAGUUCCUUCUUUAACUUUUUGGCAGUUUUAGCUCUUGAAUCCUAUUAGUACAAUUUUUGCUGUGAUGAAAUCAUAUUUUAGCUUCACCAGUAGAAUGUACCAGAUGAAUUAAUCACUGUUUUAUGCCUCUCUGGUGGUGGAUGGAAAAAAGAAACCACCUCUAAAAAGUAGAUAAUAUGGAAACGGGUUGGAAUCUUUAGCCAUGUAAAGAAUGUUCUGCAGUAAAAGAAACUAGACUUUG